UCUUUAAACCUGAAAUUGAAUGUGCAGUUAAGUUCGAUGGAUGCGGGCGCCAUUGUGGAUCAUCACUUGGCGAGUUGUGGUAUCACCGAAAGAAUUUUCUACUCCACCUUGUUGGUGUUCGUCACAUGGGCAGUUCUUGCACUCGCCGGCUUUCGCACCAGUAAUCAAACGGUUUGGUACCUUAUGCGGCUGUCGAUGCUGUUAGGCAGCGCGGUUGCACUGAAUCGUUGUUUGGAAAUGCAACAGCGCUUAUAUCCGACUGUACACGAAGGAUUUUAUAUCUACUAUAUCACUUUUUUGAUUGGUUUGUUGGAUUUUUUGAAUUGA